AUGACCGCCACCGCCCUAAGAACCUGCACUCACCCUCAGCUGCAGGACCCACUCCAUGGCGAUAUCACCGUAAUUGUGCAUAGCUCCGACGAAUCCACAACCACCACCAACAUCAACAACACCAAUACCACCACCACCUACUACGUGCACCGCCUACUGCUGUCCCUGUGGUCGCCCGUGUUCCGCACUAUGCUCACCAACGGCAUGCGGGAGUCGACCCACAGCGUGGUCCACCUGCGCGAGCACCCCCUGCACGCCCCGCACUUCGGCCUCGUCCUGGCACGCCUCUACCCCAACGCACCGCCCAUGGCCCCCGCCACCGUCCACUCGGUCCUCUACUUCGUGGACAAGUACGACCUGCCCGCCGCGCUCAGGCUCGAGUGCGAGGCCGUGCUCCUCAGGCAGCCGCGGUCGUGGGCGCUGCUGGUCACGGCCCAGACCUACGGCCUCGCCAGCCUGCUGGCCCGGCAUGCGGAGUGGGCCAGCGCCAAUCUGGACUCCGUGCCCGAUGCACCACCAUCGGCGGUCGAGGGGGCGCUGCUGCUGGGCGAGAUCGAGGUGGAGACGUGGGUCAAGAUCAUGCGGCACACGAUGGCGCGGCUGACCAACACCAAGCAGCUGCUGCGGAAGAUGCUGCUGGCCAGCAACUGCAACAUGUGCGGCGGGGCACAAGGGUCGGCAGCGGUAGCGGUGUGUGGCAGGAGCUUGUACUGCUCGCACCACGUGCAGUUCAUGUGUCUCCUGGCCUCGCUGACCGACACCUCGCCGUAG